CCCCCUCCUUUUUUUCUAAAAUUCCCAACUUCAUACUUUCAUCCUCCAUCAAACGUCCUAUCACCCCUCGAACCCCUCCUUAGUUUUUAACGGUCGCAACCCGCGCAUCGUUGAUUACUUACUUGCAUCGUCAAUUUUUAUAGACGACUGCAUCAGCUCGAACACUUUUUGUGCUUCGAGAUUAUUUCCCCGGCCUUGGCCGUCACUUAUUAAAACACAGUCUAUUCUAUGAUUCCUAUAUCGAUACAAAUGAUCCACUAUCAACAAUCUAGUCAAGAAGACACACUUUAAAUCCCACGGGAGAGCGCGUGUGCGAGCGAGGAGCCAGGCGAUUUCAACUAUCAGCCUGUGAAAGGGUCAACUCAACAAUAACUGCCCAAGUUUUCGGAGUGUCGACCGCAUAGACGUUGUCAACAAAAGCGAAGAAGCCCACUGAAUUGGAAUACCUUUUCCUCUUUCACAUCACCCACAAUCAUCGCAGACCUUAACCCGACCAACGCGACAAUCAUUAUUCAAGAUGCCUGGCGCGAACGUGGCAGUCCUUCCUACCACCUCCGCCUCUGCCUCAUCGACUCCGGCCACCCGAAAACCCUCUCUCGCGCAACCAGAAAGGAAGUACAAGUGCCAGUUUUGCAACAGGGCAUUUAGCAGAAGCGAACAUCGAAGUAGACAUGAACGAUCGCAUACGAAAGAGCGCCCGUUCAAAUGUAUGAAGUGCCGAAGUACCUUCGUACGACGCGACUUACUUCUCCGACACGACCGAACAGUUCAUGCUAAGGAUGGAGGUGUUCCUCUCCACAGCGAUGGAAAACGUCGCGCUGGCGCCAAUGGUGUAUCCAAGUCAAGAGCUGUCAACGGACCUUCAAAGUCUUCUAUUGCCAUCGACGCCUCGACCCUUAGUGAACAGAUCGAAGCUAGUAGCGAAGGAGCCUUCGAUGUCGAACAUGCUGCUAUGCUAGUCGCGGACCUUCAUCAUAAGGCGAUGAUGCACGACAAUGCAAGCGCAUACGAAUCUGGCCCUUCGAUGUCCUACACUCCCACCGGCCCUCCUAUGGUGGAUCCCGCGGUCAAUUAUGCUUCUAGUGCUGCCACGCUACCUACCAGUGCCCCUUGGGAUGCGUUCGCUUCGCAGACAACGAUGGAUGCCAAAGCUCACUCUGCCGCAUCAAGUGCAUCCGCUUCGUUCGAUCCGCAACAUCCCUUUGCCAAUGUGAGUGCCAUUCAGGCCCAACCCAGCCUUUCGCCCCCUUCUCCUGGUCUCACCUACAACGAUUUUAUACCUGCGCCGCAGUCCGUGGUAGAUCCGUUACCCCCUUUCAGCAAUGGCCCAGCGGCCCUGAACGCAUUAUCUACAACUCACACAAAAAGCGCAUACACUAAUCCGCCUCAGAACUCGGCGGGCUUCAACAUUCCUCGCGUCCACAGCGACGAAGAGCGCAACAUACUUCUAGACAAUAUUCGAGCACAUGAUAGCGAACGUGCGAUUCCGGAAGGUUUCCGUGUUCCCAACUUAUCGUCCUUGAAUCGUUAUCUAUCAACGUAUUUUACGCUCUUUCAUCACCACUUACCGUUCUUGCAUCCUGCGUCCUUCAACGUGACACAGGUAUCACCGGCGUUACUGCUUGCAGUGCUAUCAAUUGGUGCUCUUUACGCCUUUGACCAGGACCAGGCCUACCUGCUCCACAUUGGAUCCAAGGUAUUGGUAAAUCAGUUCUUGCAGAACAAGGAGAACUUCAGCUCUCGAAAAUGCCCUCUCUGGACCAUGCAGGGCUCACUUCUCAACAUGAUCUUCGCCAGCUGGAGUGGAGACCCGAAGGGACUUGAAUGGGCUUGCUCGAUCAAGAGUUUGUUGGCUAACAUGGUCGCUGGUAACCGGUACGAGUUGAAGCUUCGACAAGAUGGGCGCGAAGGUGCGCAACCUACGCGAAAUGAGUGGAUCGAGGACGAAGGCUGCCGUCGCACGUACUACGCUGUCUAUAUCUUCUUCGGACUGCUCACAAUGACCUACAACCACACGCCUGCUAUCAGUUUCAACGAGUUCGAAAAUCUUCAACUUCCAUCCCAAGAGGCGCUUUGGAACUCCAAGGUCACAGAUGAAGCCACCUGGCAAGAGCAAUUGAAGACCUCCCCUGCCAUUACGUUCAUGGAUGCCCACGAGAAGCUCUUCCAGGGAGAGACGUUGAAGUACAGCGCUUUUGCGACGCGUGUUAUGAUCAAUGCCCUAUUCUUAGAAGUGUGGUACCACAAGCGUAGCCCCGAGGCUUUGCAAGAUGUGGUGACCGAAUACAAGCUUCGACUUGCUCUGGAGACGUGGGAGAAAUCCCUGGACCUCUGCGAGCCCGAGGCCGAUGCGGUCCCGCUAAGCGCACCUCAUAAGGGCCACCCCUUAAUCUUCAAUGCCAAGGCAAUGUUUCGCAACGCCCGACUCCGAUUAGAGGUUGAUUUGAAGACGGUACAAGAAGCACUUCGGUAUCAUGACCAUUAUGAGGUCGCCGCUGCCAUGUCCAAUGCGCGUGAUAGGGUCAAGCGCUCUAGUGAGAUGAUUAAGGUGAUCGAGGAAUGUUAUAACUGCAUCGAAACAGCUGUCCGUCAAGGCGUACGCUGGGUCGCUCGUACAUCUCCGACCAACUGGAGCAUCGAACACCCUCUGUGCGGCAUGGAUCUCAUGAUCACCCUCACUCUCUGGUUGUAUCGUCUGGAACAUGACGAAGAAGCUGCCUCAGAGGAGGAGAUGGCCAUGUAUCUCAAGGUUAGGAUGCUUUUCGAUAAGGAUGCGGAAGGGGCUAUGAAUUCCCAACAGCUCAGCUCUACUGUGGCGCAUCUGUGGGGUUCCAUGCUCGACGAAGUAGUGGUUUGGGGCAUUACAAGACUAAUGGGCGAAGCCUUCCGCCUUCACUCUCAAGCCCUAGUGGGCUACGUGGACGAUGUUGAAGCGUCUUCCAACGUCUCGACACCCUCUAUGAUUUCUCAAGGGGGCGACGAGGAGAGUGUGUACUAAAUACUAUUCACGAGGCUUACGAUUUUCUUUGUUCUUCCUCUAGUAAUGGGGAGGUCCGGGGUGGGAGAGUCUUAAUGGCAUAUACCUCCUACGACUGCGCUUGAAUUAUUUUUCUCUCUAUCAGGGAUGGUCCGGCGCGGGGGGGUUUUUGCUAAGGGAAUCCGUUACUUUUCAUACUGUUUGCAUCCGACAUCUAUCUGCAUCUGACGUUACCGGAAUGGGGGGCCUGGAAUAGGGUGGCUCUCUCGGUGACCAGUGGAAAGGGGGUGGGGGCAACUGCGUGAUACGCGCGAUAUAAUGUCUGAUGCAGUUGGCUGGCUGGUCCAUGAUUGAAGCUUCUUUUCCUCUCUGUUCUAUUAGCUACGGCGCAAUUACCCUAUUUUAAUGCUGCUGUCGCCUUUUCUCAACUUUUUUCCGACUCUUCGUCGCCGCCAGAUACCUCGUUCACAAUUACCGGCUGUCUUUAUAUCCGCCGAUUUCCUUGCACUCGCUCGUCUGCAUUUGACUCGAUUUUUCCGUCCUCUCCUUCCUACAACUCGUUUCCUUUUUUAAGUCUUCUCGUCAUGUCAUGUAAUAGAGCCAGUGAACUUGAAUCUCAGGAUGGAAACUUGAGCCUGGCAAAUCGGAAAACAUGACUCGCAACAAAUUGAUUAAUUAGUUCGAUAGGAAGUGGUUCAUUUCGAGUUAUAGAUACUACAACACGCGUCAGAAUUCAAUAAAUCACUUCUCCGCAAUGAAAA